AGGGCCCUCAAGAUGUGGAGGGUUCUUAUUCUGGUGUAGAUAAAAGUACAACUGUGGCAAGUAAGGAUAGUGAAAGAAAUGACAGUUCGUGCUCUGAUUGCGUUUUGGACAUCAACUCUGGAAACAAAUAUCGCAUUUGUCUUAUUGAAAACUCUGGGGCAUUAGGUCUGCCUAAAAUGAAGACAUCUGGGACUAUUGAGAAACAUAGAUGUUAUCAACGAAAGCCGGGUAACCCAACCACGAAGGUUAGUCAAGCAUCAGAUCAACCUCAACCCGCUAACAGUGGCAACAAAAUAAAACAGGGAAGAUGCUUGAUUGAUCACCAACCAUUAAGUCAUGGCAUACCUAAGGGCCAAGGCCAACCUGUGAGCCAUGGCCAAACUAUGGAUCAAGGCCAACCUAUGAGCUAUGGUCAACCUAUGAGCCAUGGUCGACCUAUGAGCCAUGGCCAUACUAUGGGUCAAGGCCAACCUAUAAGCUAUGGCCAACCAAUAAGCCAUUGCCAGCCUAUGACACAGGGCCAAUCUGUGGGUCACGGCCAACCUGUGGGUCAUCUCCAACCUACAUCUGUUACCCAACUUACCAGCAGAGACUUAACCACAGACGGCGCUACAUCCACAGAUGGUGACCAACCGGGUCACGAGAUUUGUGAUCUGAAAAUGUUACCUUUACCAGGAGCAGAGCUGAGAAUUUGCAUUGAUGAGGCCCUGAGUGCUACGGAAGACGCUUACACUUCAUCCUUUUACUACACACAUCGUCUGGCAUGCAAGGUCCAACUCCAUGUGCGCUUCUUGAAGGACGGUCACCUUGCCGUCCACGUGGCGGUAGUGAAAGGGGAACUUGACGGUUUGCACAAGUGGCCGGUGGAGUUUUCCGGGAAUGGCUACAUCUUCAAUACGUCCACGGGUUUCUCGGAAUUGUGGACAAUCAGAUCAAAAAAGUUGGACAAACCGGAAACUGAGGCCAUCCUUGAAGCUGAAGUCUGUUUGAAAACAGCAAGUAAUACUAUCAGUAAUAUUGAGUACACGAAAUUGAAAGACAUGCGUUACCAGUACAACGGAUAUUUUAGGUUUUUGUGGGACUUGAAAGCCAAAGAACCGAUUUGAAGAAAAACAAAAUGGACCAUUUGAUUUUUAAAUGGGACCUGAAAGUAAAAUACCGUUCAAAAUAGGAAUACAAUUUUCUUCUUUAAAAAAACUAAGCAUUGUUUCAGAAGAGAGAAUGUCCUUCAUGUCUGAGUGGCGAGUGC